AUGAAGACCGCUAUUCUCCUCACCCUUGUUGCCGCAACUCAAGCUUUUGCUCCCCUUUCUGUGAGCAGAGCCCCAACUCAACUGAAUGUCAGACUUCCAGAAGAGAAGAUGACCGACGAUCGUAAGGAAAUUUUGGAAAUCCAAAAAAAGUGGAAUGAAAUUAGAUUGUUGGACCGGGAAGAAGCCUCCAAGACCCUUGAUGGAGAAUGGCUGGAGGCAUACAACCGCUUCUACGAGAAAUACGACGAUGACAUGACUAGAAUGACAGAGAUCGUUGAAAAGCUUGAAAAGAUGAUUGAACCACCAAAGGUUGCCAAGAAGACCAAGGGACAACGUAAACGCGAUGCAUAUGCUGCCAAGUUGGAAAGAUCUGGACAUGGCAACGAUAGUGUCAACUAA